GUUAGGGUUCAAGCCUUGGUUGCCGUUCUUCUUCAUUUCAUCUCUCCUUCGCCUCAUCAAAGGCGGCAAAUCGCAGAAUCAGAUCUUAAAUUUCCAUUGAAAAAUACACAAAACAAUGAUACGGGCUUUACGAAAAUUCGGUGGUUCUGCUCCUGUCUACUCGCCACAUUCCCCAUCUGCUAAUCCGAUCUCCAAACCAAACCCUAGUUUAUCACCCACUCACUCAUCUUCUUCUUCUGUUCUAUUAAACAGAGUUCGCCACUCCAGAGUUUACCGAACCGAACAGUAUGUUCACCCACAUUACUUUUAUUGCGACAUGGAGGAUUUUAAAGAGUUGUUAAUUGGGUACAAGAGUGGUAACAGGAAAAUGUAUCCAUAUAUAUUCGUAGCUUCGACAGCUAGGCAUUCUGAACAUGGAGAAGAUGACAAGAAGCUUAUGAAAGAGCUUGGAGUUCUAUCACAAGGUGAUGAUAAGAAGGAAGUUCAUCGCGAGAGUUGCCCCCGUCGUGAUGAGGGAGAAGGGAAAGAAGUGGAGUCAACCACGGGGUUUAUGAAAAAGAAGCGUCCCUGGGACUGGCCUCCUAAUCCGUAUGGGAUCAGUGGUCGCGAUUUCUUCUUAUUCGGCAGGAGAGGCCGUAAAGUAUUUGAUCCAAUCGGCAAACCAGGUCAUUAUCUGUGGUAAUAAUAUGAUUAAAGAGGACUUACAUGAAGUAGAAUUUCAUCAUAGUAUGUGUGUUUAUGAUCUUUAACUAAUGUCUGUCUUUUUGCAUGUAAGAUAAUGGGGUGUGUUAGACAAUAUCUAUUAGAGUCCCAAAACAUUUCCUAUGAGUUCUUAAUGUGACACUGGUUAUAUGUUGGUACUUAGAAGGAUAUGUUUAUUUGCAUGAAUAUCCUGGUCUAUUUACUAUAAUUCAUACCCACUUUUCACGACUAAGUUAGCCCUUUUGGUAUGAUAUGAAGAAUAUGCAUGUUAUUGCUCAU